AUGGCAUCUCCACGCCGCCGCAUCGAGACAGACUACAGGCUUAUGAGUGACUACGAAGUGACUCUUGUCAACGACAAUAGUGCGCAAGAGUUUUUUGUCAAGUUCAAAGGGCCCACAGAAACUCCCUUCGAAGGCGGAAUCUGGAAGGUGCACGUCGAAUUGCCAGACCAGUACCCGUAUAAGUCCCCAAGUAUUGGGUUCGUGAACCGGAUCUUCCACCCGAAUAUCGACGAACUCUCUGGGUCAGUCUGCUUGGAUGUGAUCAACCAGACUUGGUCCCCGAUGUACGACAUGAUCAACAUCUUCGAAGUCUUCCUUCCGCAGCUGCUCCGCUACCCGAACCCGGCCGACCCGCUCAACGGCGAAGCCGCUGCCCUGUUGCUUCGCGAUGCACCGACCUAUAACAACAAAGUCAAGGAGUAUGUCACACGGUACGCGACCAAGACUGCGGCGGACGAGGCCGGUGCGGAAAGCGAAGACGACGACGAUCUCUCCUCGGUGGGUAGCUACAACGACGAGGACGACGAAGAGCCAGCGGGACAGAUGGAUGACGUAUGA